AUGUCAAAUUUGGAAGAACUUGGUUUGUGUUUUGUUAGUCAUUACGGACCAUUAAUUGAUGGUAAUCAUUUGGAAAAGAAUAUAAUUAAUCAUUUGACUAGAUUAAAGAAAUUCACAUUUAAUAUUCGUUCAACUGCUUUUCUGAAUAAGAUAGUCAAUUUACCAUCAAAUGAAGAUAUUCAAAAUACAUUUGAAAAUUUUCAAAAUAAUCGAAUUAUUUCAUCUGUAGAUUAUUUUACAAAAGCAAAUGAACUUCAUUGUCAUAUUUAUUCAUAUCCAUAUACAUGGACACAUUAUUUUACUAUAACGAAUAAUUUUUCUGGUGGAUUAUUCAAAUGUGUUCGUCAAAUAUCAUUAGUCGAUGAACGUCCUUUUGAACGUGAAUUUUUUCUUCGAAUUCAGAAAUCAUUUCCAUUUAUUGAAGUAUUACAUUUACGAAAUGAUGAACCGCCAAAGAAUGAUAACCAACAAUGGUCAAUCAUACAAUAUUCUCAUCUUACUCAACUUGAUCUUAGUGAGAAUCAUGAAUAUUAUGUCGAACAAUUUUUAACUAAUACUAAAACUUGUUUAUUAAAUAAUGUUUAUCUUCGUGUAACUUAUGAUACUUUACGAAGAGUAACGGACAAUUUUACAAGAGAUGCAACACGAGUUAAUUGUUCCAAAGUCAUCGGUUUAUUUUUACAGAAUAGGUCAGAACUUAUUCUCGAUUUAAAAGACUAUUUUCCUCAUGCAGAAAUAUAUUGA